AUGGGGCACGGAGCCAGCUGCGGCCGCCCCAGCGAGGAGGUGGACUUCUUCGGCGCGGCACAGUCCGGCGACCUCGCCCGCCUCUCCGCCGCCGUCAGCUCCCGCCCCUCCCUCCUCCGCCGCACCACGCUCUUCGACCGCCUCUCCCUCCUCCGCCGCACCACGCUCUUCGACCGCCUCUCCGCGCUCCACAUCGCCGCCGCCCACGGCCACCUCCAAGUGGUCUCCAUGGCAUUGGAUCUUUGCGUGGAGCCGGACGCCGUGAACCGCCACAAGCAGACGGCGCUGAUGCUCGCGGCGAUGCACGGGAGGACCGAGUGCGUGCGGCGGUUGCUCGACGCCGGCGCCAAUAUCCUGAUGUUCGAUUCGUCGCACGGGCGGACGUGCCUGCACUACGCGGCGUACUACGGCCACUCAGACUGCCUCCGGGCCAUCCUGACGGCGGCGCGGACCGCGCCGGUGUCGCAAUCCUGGGGAUACGCGCGGUUCGUGAAUGUGCGGGACGACACCGGAGCGACGCCGUUGCACCUGGCGGCGAGGCAGGGCUGGCGCCGCUGCGUCCACGUCCUGCUGGAGAACGGCGCCAUCGUGUCCGCCUCCAGCGGCGCCUUCGGAUUCCCCGGGAGCACGCCGCUGCAUUUGGCCGCGCGCGGCGGGAGCCUCGACUGCGUUCGCCAGCUGCUCUCCUGGGGCGCCGACCGCCUCCAGCGCGACUCCGUCGGGAGAAUUCCAUAUGAGGUGGCGGUGAAGCGAGGGCAUGUGGCGUGCGCGGCGCUGCUGAACCCGUCAUCGGCAGAGCCCCUAGUGUGGCCUUCGCCUCUCAAGUUCAUCAGCGAGCUGGAGCCUGACGCCAAGGCUCUCCUGGAGGCAGCCCUGAUGGAGGCCAAUCGGGAGAGGGAGAAGAGGAUCCUCAAAGGGGCCAAGAAUUCAUUGCCAUCGCCGUCGCGUUCAGAUGACGGUGCCACCGUCUCCGAGGGCGGCGAGGUGUGCAGCAUCUGCUUCGACCAGGCGUGCGCGAUCGAGGUCCGGGAGUGCGGGCACCAGAUGUGCGCGGCGUGCACGCUGGCGCUCUGCUGCCACGCCAAGCCCAACCCGGCCACGCAGAGCCAGCCGCUGCCCACAUGCCCCUUCUGCCGCGGCGGCAUCACCCGGCUGGCGGUGGCCACCAGGGCCAAGGCCGGCGACGACGACGACGAGGAGGAAGGAGCAGAAGGCAGGCUGGAGUCUCCGCGGCACCGGCGGUCUCGCCGGUCCCUGAACCUCAGCGGCGGCGGCGACGGGGGCAGCAGCAGCAGCAGCCUCAUGGGCAGCAUCGCCUCGUCCAUCGGCAAGAUGGGCCGGCGCAAAACCGACAGCAGCGAGCUGCAGGUGCAGCUCGACGACAAGCCAUAG